AUGUGGAUCAAACCAGAUGAAGUGUUAUUAACCAAUGCAUUAUGGGUGAAUGAACGUUCCAAUCACUUUUUUACCUUACAACGCCGGCGUGGACAUGGCUCAACUGGAUUGGCAUCGCUCUUUAUUGGAACCAUCGAUAAUGUCCUUGAUUCAAAGCAUACUUGCAAUCAACGAUCUCAACCCAAGGAUGCAAUCCUUCCUUCCUUAGUUUAUCCUCGAUCGGGCCGAUGGCCUGAUGCAAGCCGGCGCCUUACCGAAUUUUAUCUCAAACAACCAACACGGAAAUUAGCUAUGGCCACAAUAGAAUCGAUUUCAAUAAUAUCCAUGAAUAGUAGAUACAUAGGAUAUUGUUAUCGUGGUAUCCCUAUUUUGUCGGAGGAAAGAGGGACAUUUUCGCUCUCAGUAAAGCACUGCAUCCUAUCUUCCAAGACGAUUAUUGCUGCUGGAUUAACUCGUGAAGAAAUUAUGGAGCAUUGGCUGUGGCUGGAAGAAAAUUUACUUCCAACUUUAGAAACCUUCGAUAACGGCGAUGAUGCUAGAGAAUUUACCUGCGCUAAAAUAGAAAGUCUAAUUGCGAAUGAAGCUGAUCCAACCGAAUCUUCUGCUGAGGAUUCUGAAAGUGUAAAAUUUAGAGCUGCUGUAAUUAGAUUUAGGAAAUUGUUUGGUAUGCCUGAAGGAGAAAAGCUCGUUAAUUAUUACUCAUGUAGCUACUGGAAAGGAAAAGUUCCCCGCCAAGGGUGGCUUUAUUUAUCAAUUAAUCAUCUUAGUUUUUAUUCAUUUCUAAUGGGUAAAGAAGCUAGAGUUGUUAUUAGAUGGACCGAUGUGGUGAAAAUAACCAAGAACAACAAUAUGGUUCUACGCGAUUCUGUAAAAGUAGUAACGAGAGACAAAGUGUGCUAUUUUUCUUUUUUGCUGCAUCCCAAUGAAACGUUACGCUUAAUGGAACAACUAGCUAAUUUAGCUAUGAAAAAGCUUCUAUCUACUGAUGAUAGUGAAGAUAAAACUCUAAAUAGCUUGAACGCUUUGUCUUAUGGCAGAAAGAAGGCAUCAACAUUAAUGAGAGAAUUGGAUGUUCGUGCUAGAUCUGAACACUAUAGGCAUACCUUUACUCUUCCAUCAGAUGAGAUGUUAGAUGGUGUUGCUGACUGUACAGCUUGGCUUCCUUAUUUAAAAACGAAUAUUUGGGGAACACUACAUUGUUCUUUAAACUAUCUUUGCUAUAUUACCAAACAAAAUCCUGAUUUUUGUAAAAUUGUAAUACCGAUGAGAGAAAUAACUGUGGUUGAGAAAGUAGACGGCCAGUCGGUUGCUCCUAGUGCCUUACAUAUUACGACAAAGAGCAAGAUGUCCUUUUUAUUUGGAAUGCUAAAAGAUAGAAGCUUAAUAACUGGGAGGAUAUCGGACUUUUUGGCCCGUAUUCCAUCCACAACCACAAUUCCUGGAGAUCGUAAAACGAUAGGUGAUUUAGAAAAUACCAUCGCUAACAUGCACUUAACAACGAGCGAAAAAGUCAAGGAAGAUGGUCCGUUAGACGUGAUGAGUGUGCGUUUCCGAAAAAAUGAUGACAAUGUUAAGUUAUCAAGGAUUGACAGCGAUGAUAAGCUAGAAGAAGCUGAUAUUAUCAACGAUGAUGAUGGUAGCGAUGAUAUCAAAACACCAAUUACGUUCACACAACCAGAAGAUAGUCCUAAAACUAUGAGCAAAAAUGCGGGAACUUAUGCCGACCCUUUAGCAAAAGUAUUUACAACAGGUUACUCAGCCCCGCCCGUCAAGGAGUCUAUGAAGGAACAUGUUUGGAUGCUUCACUUCGCAGAGUAUGGCCGAGGAGUUUGCAUGUACAGAACUUCUAAAACUAGAGAACUUAUUACGAAGGGCAUCCCAGAUUCUUUACGAUCAGAGAUAUGGUUACUGUUUUCCGGUGCAAUCAAUGAACACGCCAUUCAUCCCAAUUAUUAUAAGAAAAUUGUCGAUGAAUGCGCUGGAAAGGCGACAAUUGCCACUGAAGAGAUAGAACGAGAUUUACAUAGAUCCCUUCCGGAACAUCCAGCCUUUCAAUCGGAUGUCGGUAUUGCUGCACUCCGACGCGUAUUAACUGCUUAUGCAUGGAGAAAUCCCACAAUAGGUUACUGCCAAGCCAUGAACAUUGUUGCUUCCGUUCUGCUGUUAUAUGCCAAAGAAGAAGAAUCAUUCUGGCUUAUGGUUGCUAUCUGUGAACGCUUACUCCCUGAUUACUAUAAUACACGUGUCGUUGGAGCUUUAGUUGACCAGGCUGUAUUUGAAGAGCUUACUCGCGUGUAUUUACCGGACAUUUAUGAACAUUUAAAAAAACUAGGCAUCUUAGAUAUGAUUAGUUUAUCUUGGUUUCUAACAAUUUUUGUCAGUGUCAUGCCUUUUAGUAGUGCGGUAAGAAUAAUUGAUUGCUUUUUUUACGAUGGCGCUAAGGCUAUCUUUCAAAUUGCUUUAGCCGUUUUGGAUGCUAAUAAAAUGGAGUUGAUGUCAGUAUUUGAUGAUGGAGAAGCAAUGACAAUAUUGAGCCAGUAUUUAGAUAGUGUAACCAACCGCGAUAGUAUUAUGACUGUAACUAAGAAACAUUCGGCCUCGGCCAAAGGAUAUUUAGAGCACCGCAAGACGGUAGAAGUAUCAGAUCUUAUUCGAGAUUCAUACGAAAAAUUUGGUAAUAUCUCUGAUUUAAAAAUAAAUCGUUUACGUAAUUCUCUUCGCUUAAAAGUUGUACAGAAACUUGAAGAUAACGCAAAGAAAAAUGUUGUUCGAAGCGUUGCUGCUGAUACUUUAUUUGAAAACCACGAAUUAGAAGACAUGUAUGCUUUAUUUAAGGAAGGACAUUUACAGAACGCUUACUGGGGUUCUGCUAUCAGUAAAGACAAGAAAGAAACAUCAAAAGGUCAUACAUACGAAAGGAAUGAGCACACUAUUGAUAAAGAACAGUUUAAAGCGUUAUAUUUUUGUCUGUCACCAUGGACUAAUAAUCUUCAAAAUGGUACUGGUGAUAGGGAUGAAGUAGUCGCUAAUCGAAUUUUUAAGGUUUUAGACGACGACAAACGUGGUAUGAUUACAUUCAGAGAUUUUGCUUGGGGACUCGGUGUUAUAUGUCGUGGAACUACCAAAGAGAAAUUAUCUUUCCUAUACAGGAUGCAUGUGCAACCUGUAUUAUCUGAAGAUGGAAUUGAAAUUAAUAACACUUCUACAGAAAAAGUAACUCCAAUAGAAGAAUACGAUGGAGACGAUAGUGAAAACGAAAAUUUUAAAGACGAUAAAACAAGUACUGACAGUGGCGCUAAUUUCAAACAAUCAGCAGACUCAUCUUCUCAAUUAUCUCAAAAUUUAUCUUAUUUCUUGAAAUAUAAGAAAAAGAGGCAAUACGAACAAGAGCGAAAAUUGCCUCUAAUGAGUCAGGCUCAAUUUAUUCAGCUAUGGAAAACCAUGUUUGGAUUAUUUCAUGAAACGAGCAAUGAACACAAACUCUGCCCAGCUGUUGCGAAAUGUGGUGCACUUAUUUUAGAUGUUGGAAACAAAAAGAAAUUUGGUUCAACGUUAGAUUUAUCUAGUAAAGUGGAUACAGAUGUUGAGAUGGAAUCUGAAACUGGUAAUGAUAGGAGAGACGAAAAUGCUUCUGGAUCGGCGAAGCGUGGUGGACAUAUUGAUCCGCCCAGUGCUUGGAAUGUAACAUUCGAUCAAAUAUACGCUACCAUUUUAGAUAAUGAAGAGCUGCACGAUUAUUUUGAAGAAACAUUUGAACUUGAUCUGCUAUCUGCAAAAUCUCGCGCUGGGCAGUUAACUGAAGCUGCGGAGCUAGAUAAGUAUUUACCUUACUUCAGUGGGGCUUGCUGUAUUCAUCUAAAUAAGUCUUUGCAAGAAGUGACGAUAAUAACUAUUGCCGCAUAUAUUAUUUGCACUAGCGAGAAAAAAUGA